AUGAACGACGACGAUGAUCGUGAUCUGGAAGAACAAGACGUCAAGCUUGCUACAUUUGAACAACGUCAGGGCGUGCAAGGCAUAGGAGCCCUGCCGCACUACCAAUCCUGGAUACAACAGCACACCGCUCGCAACAAAACUUGGCGAUCUGUUAAGGCUGGAUAUAACAAAGCUAGAAAAUUUGUCUUGCGCAUCCAAGAGAUCCCACCAACAAAAGAUGGCAGACAUAUUGACCUGGACGCUUCUCGAAAGACUACGCUGCUCGACGAACGAACCGGCAAACCAUAUAUCAUGAACCACAUUCGUUCCAGUCGAUACACCGCUUGGAACUUUGUGCCUCGUCAACUGUUCGCUCAAUUCUCUAAACUCGCCAAUUUCUAUUUCCUUUGUAUUUCGAUUUUGCAAAUGAUACCCGGUCUUAGUACCACAGGAUCGUACACCACGAUUAUUCCCUUACUAUUUUUUGUUGCUCUAUCUAUGGGUAAAGAAGGCUAUGACGAUCUUCGGCGUUAUCGCUUGGAUAAAACAGAGAACAAUCGCGAAGCUUCUGUUCUACACGCAUACCAGCCAGUACCAACAUCUGAAUCCCAAGUUGAAGAGGGCAACGCCCCCACCGGAGGCCCGCUCCAUUGGGCAAAGACAAAGUGGCAGAACCUUCAGGUCGGCGACAUUAUCAAACUCGAGAGAGAUGAAUCUGUUCCUGCCGAUCUGGUUUUACUGAGCUCGAAAGGCGACAAUGGCAUCGCAUACAUCGAAACAAUGGCCUUGGAUGGAGAAACCAAUCUCAAGAGCAAACAGGCUCCAGUGAACCUGGCUAAAAAUUGCAGUACGCCAGAGAACAUUGCUGUUUGUGAUGCUCACUUCGUUGUCGAGGAUCCAAAUAUCGAUCUGUACAACUUCGAAGGCAAAGUGACAAUCAAAGGCGAAACGGCACCCUUGACCAACAAUGAAAUCAUCUACCGAGGCAGCAUUUUGAGAAACACUCCUGAGGCUUAUGGAAUGGUCAUCUACAGUGGUGAGGAGUGCAAAAUCCGAAUGAACUCCAACAAGAACCCUCGUAUCAAGGCUCCAGCUCUACAGGCUAUCGUCAACAAAGUCGUUAUCGUCAUUGUUAUCUUCGUCAUCCUCCUGGCGAUCUUCAACACAGUGGCAUAUCAGGUCUGGCGUAGCGGUACAGAAGUCCACUCAUGGUACCUUAUCAACGCCAGAGUCGCCUUUUUCCCAGUCCUAACCAGUUUUAUCAUCAUGUUCAAUACGAUGAUCCCGCUCUCACUCUACGUAUCUAUGGAGAUUGUAAAAGUUUGGCAGAUGCUUCUGCUCAACGACAUCGACAUGUACGAUGAAGUUACCGACACACCCUUCGAGGCCCGGACAUCCACCAUCAACGAAGAGCUGGGUCAGGUCAGCUAUGUCUUUUCUGACAAGACUGGAACCUUAACAGACAACGUGAUGAAGUUUCGCAAACUCAGUGUCGCCGGUACGGCCUGGCUGCACGACGUCGAUUUGCAGGAUAAGCAAGACGAAUCUGACAUGCUUAUCCACAAGAAAAGAAGCCGCAAGAGCAAGGGAAAGAAGCCGGUUCGCAAGUCGACCACCUCUAUUAUGACAUCCACGCAUAAGUUUGACGGCGCAGAUGACCAGAUCGAGUUCAGCGAACAUGGUCGUAAGUCGACUUCACAAUGGACUUCAUCUGCAAGACCCGGAAAGGCUCAGCCUGAGCUCAGUACAAAGACCAUGAUUCGCUACAUCCAACGAAAGCCGUUCACGCUGUUUGCAAAGAAAGCUCGUAUGCUCCUGUUGUCUAUGGCGUUGUGUCAUACAUGCCUGCCCGAGACACAGGAGGAUGGCGAGGUAGACUUCCAAGCAUCUUCGCCCGACGAGCUUGCCCUCGUAAGAGCAGCACAGGAGCUCGGAUAUCUGGCUGUAAACCGAGAAUCUGCCAUCUUGACCAUCAAGACCUAUCCCAAUGGCAUGAACCAGGAGCCCGUUUCAGAGCAAUAUGAGAUCCUGGAUGUCAUCGAAUUCUCCAGCAAGCGAAAGCGAAUGUCUAUUACCGUUCGCUUCCCCGAUGGACGUGUCUGUGUGAUUUGCAAAGGAGCUGAUACCAUUGUCAUGCAACGCCUCAAGCUCGCUUCUUUGGCAAAUCAGAAAAUGGUCGAAAUUGAAAAGCGGACGAGCAUGCGUAAAAGCUUGGAAGCACAAGAAGCUAUUCGUCGGAGGAGCGAACAGCAUGAGCGUUCGAGCUUCGCACGGCCCAGCUUUUCGAGACCAAGCUUCUCAAUGUCAAUCGGUCGACCUAGUAUAGGCGGUAUUCCUCGUACCAGCAUAGGAAAUGCUAGAUUGCAGCCUAUUCGUGACGAGCUUAACCACUGGCUCAAAGAACGCGAGAGCGAGGUCAAUGUGUCGAAUGAUGAGGAGACGAGUGUUCAUUACACUCCACGACCCUCAACUCAUAUGCAGGGUCGACACUCACUUGCUCCCUCCGAAGCCCGUAGCUCGCUACAGUACGAUGAUUUCGACCAAGAUGAGCUUGUUGAAGAGUCGCUUGUCACGGAUGAAGCUACAGUACUUGAACGCUGCUUCCAACACAUCAACGACUUUGCCACUGAGGGUCUUCGUACUUUGCUGUAUGGCUACCGUUUCCUUGACGAGCAAGAGUACUUGGGGUGGAAGAAGGUGUACCACGACGCCACAACAAGUCUCGUGAAUCGUCAACAAAUGAUUGAGGACGCAGGCGAGAUUAUUGAAAGAGAUCUUGAUCUUGGCGGCGCCACUGCCAUUGAGGAUAAGCUCCAGAAAGGCGUACCAGAAGCCAUUGAUAAACUCCGACGUGCCAACAUCAAGAUGUGGAUGUUAACAGGAGACAAGAGAGAGACCGCCAUCAACAUCGGUCAUUCUUGUCGUCUUAUCAAGGACUACUCAGCCGUCACAAUCCUGGACCAUGAGACUGGUCAAGUCGAGCAACGCAUAGCGACUACCAUUCUUGAUAUCAACAACAACAAGGUAGCGCACUCAGUCGUAGUCAUUGAUGGCCAGACACUGGCUCUGAUUGAGGACGAUGAGUACUUGCACAAGCUCUUCUUUGAGCUUGCAGUCCUUGCAGAUUCAGUCAUUUGUUGCCGUGCAUCCCCAAGCCAAAAAGCAAGUCUUGUGUCGGCUGUGCGACGAAAAGUCAAGGAUAGCAUCACGCUAGCCAUAGGAGACGGUGCGAAUGAUAUUGCUAUGAUCCAAGAAGCACAUGUCGGUAUCGGUAUCACCGGAAAAGAAGGCCUACAAGCAGCUCGCACCUCAGACUAUUCGAUUGCUCAGUUCCGCUUCCUUGUAAAGCUGCUCUUGGUUCAUGGACACUGGAACUACAUUCGUAUUUGCAAAUAUACCGUCGGCACAUUCUGGAAGGAAUUCUUGUUCUAUCUUACUCAGGCUUUAUACCAGCGCUGGACUGGCUAUACUGGUACAUCGUUGUACGAGUCUUGGUCGCUUAGUAUGUUCAACACGCUAUUCACCAGUCUUCCGGUCAUCUUCAUUGGUGUGUUUGAGAAGGAUCUUUUGCCUCAGACACUGAUAGCGGUGCCUGAACUGUACACCAAAGGUCAGCGAAACGGAGGCUUCAACUUCAAGAUAUUCCUGGCUUGGAUCUUCAUGGCAUCGAGCGAGGCGAUUGUGAUAUUCUUUAUCAUGUUCGGACUAUACGCUGAAGCCACCUUUACCAAGGACCAAGGACUGUACGCCAUCGGAUCUCUGACAUUUACUGCUUGUGUCAUCUUGAUCUCGAUGAAGCUGCAAGUCAUAGAGAAUCACAACAAGUCCAUCAUGGCUGUGAUAGCCUGUGUGCUGUCUGUAGGUGGAUGGUUCCUGUGGAUGAUCAUCCUCGCCUCGAUCUAUGCUAAUAACUACACCUACGAUGUCAAAAACGGCUUCUUUGACAGAUUCGGUGACAACUUGCUCUGGUGGCUCUGUCUGCUGUUAACCGUCGUAGCAACCAUGUGGUUCGAGUUUGGAGUCAAGAGCUUGAAAUCAGCAUACUUUGCGACCGACGUGGAUCUUUUCCAGAUGUACGAGCGCGACCUCGAGAUCCGCAAGCGAUUCGAGGAAGCGGCUGCGAUGGAAUUGCAAGCGGGUUGGCAUCACGGCACGAAGAAGUCGAGUUUCGAGCAGCAGCGCGAGGAUGAAGCGCAAGCGAUGCGCGAGAACGAGAUUCAGGAUCUUCUUGACAGACCACGAGUUAUGGAAGAAGGAGGUGCAAAGGCAGGUGUGAUGUUGGAAGAGCAGACAGUGUUUGUUGCGGACGGCCCUAAGAGAGCAUCGACCGAUAUUCAAGAGAUGCUGUCCCGGAGAUUUGGAUCGGUCAAGCAAGGAGGUAUCGAUAUGGAUAAGAAGUAA